AUGGCCCUCGAGGCACCCACCUACCUGGCCUCGCUCCAGAACAACAUCCGCCAACGCCCUAUUCCCUGGGAGGGGGCUGUGCGAUCUGGUUUAGUUACAGAUGGCCAACUAGCCCUCAUCCGCGCGAUCGACCGCGCCAAGAAAAUCGAGGAAAAGAAGGCGACCAUCGAAAAUGAUCUCGCGAGCUACACAGCGCUUUUUGCCGGUAAUCGGGCUGAUUCGCGCGCCAGCGUCUUUGAGACGGCCGCAAAGCAACCAGCCAUGGUGCAGUAUCUUCUUGUCCUUCUUGGCGACAUCGUAGAAUACGCUCCAAGCUUGGCCAAGAGUUUGCUUCGUUCAGACGACCCGUAUCAUCCCUUCCGGCCACUCAUCGGAAAUUCUAAGACUCUCGACGACCCCAUUCCACUUCUUACUGCAAAAGUUCUUACAAGCCUUAUGGCUAGUGCUCGCGAUGAAUCUACCGCGACCCAACGUGCACUCCCCGAGGUGCUUACCUAUCUUUCCGGUCUGAUCACGAGCAACGACGCUUCAAAGCAGGACAUUGCUGUCCAGCAGUUCUCUACCGUCCUAUAUUCCUACAAAACCCGCCGCCAAUUCUGGGAGCAGCGAGAUGAGACCGUCAAACCCCUGACUGAUAUCCUCCGAGCGGCUGCCGGAGUGGGGUCACAGAAUACAUCGAGUCUAUGGAGUGGAAGCGCGAACAUUCGAUCUGGAGCAGACAGUCAACUAAGCGGCGGGGUUGGUCUACAGCUCCUCUAUCAUGUCCUUCUGGUCCUGUGGCAGCUUAGCUUCGAAGCUUCCAAAGUCGGCGAUGCACUCGAUGACGAGUAUGACAUCGUUAUUUUAUAUACCCAGCUUCUUCGAGUCUCUCCCAAGGAGAAGACAUCGCGUCUCAUCAUCGCCACUCUCUGGAACUUGCUUGAGAAGAAUCAAACAUCCCUUCUCCCUACAGCCGUCUUAGCUAGGCUUCCGAGUCUACUUGAUAACCUCUCGGGCCGUCAUUUUACUGACCCGGACCUCCUCGAGGAUCUUGCGUUACUACAGGAGCUUCUCGAGGAGUAUACCCAGACCAAGACAACGUUUGAUGAAUAUGUGGCAGAGGUUAAUUCAGGACAUCUUCGAUGGUCUCCGCCUCACCGCAACGCCAUGUUCUGGGCUGAGAAUGCACGGAAGAUUCUCGAGCAUGAGAAUGGCGUGCUUCCUAAGCUAAUGGAAAUUAUGGCUAAGCCAUGGGACCAGGACAAGGCUGUUCUUGCCAUUGCAUGCAGCGAUAUUGGCUGGCUCGUUAGGGAGGCACCCGAGAGGAGACAUCAGCUGGAAAAAUUGGGGUUGAAGAAGCGCGUCAUGGAACUCAUGGCUGAGGCGGAUGAGAAUGUAAGGUGGGAGAGCUUGCGGGCUCUGGGUGGGUGGCUAAAGUACAGCUUUGAGAGUAGCAAAUAG